CCAGGUCUGUGAUGUGCCCGCUGUGCGGCGCGCUUUGGGUGGCGGGAACCCAUGCGGGCGCGCCGUGCUGCGUCGUGGGUUGCGUGUCCAGGCUGUGGGUGUGCGCCCUACCAUUACGGGUCUCGGAGGCUUUGCUGGGACCCAGCCCGUGAGUGUGUGUCUGGAUGUGUCGUACCGUGUGCGUUGCUCCAUGUGUCCAGGUACUGUACUGGGGACCGUGGGCUCUAGGCAUCCAAGUGUGAAUGUGUCUGUCUGAGCGAAUCAGUCCCUGUGACUUCGUGAGGGUCUGUGUGUUGCGCUGCCUUGUGUGUCCAGGUGUGAAGGUGUGAACUGUGCAUCCAUGUGUCUCGGGGGUGUCUGUGUGUGUGGAGAGGCCUGGGCAUCUGUCCCCACACCUGUGUGCACCCGUCCACUGAGCUCGUCAACCUUCUGCACUGCAGGGCGCCUUCAGCCACUGCUACAAGCUGACGGACAUGUCCACCAGUGCGGUGUUUGCCCUCAAAGUGAUUCCUCGUGGUGGGGGCGGGGCGGGGCGGCUGCGCCCCCGCGGCAAGGUGGAGCGCGAGAUCGCCCUGCAUAGCCGCCUGCGACACCGCAACAUCGUGGCCUUCCACGGACACUUUGCUGACCGUGACCACGUGUACAUGGUGUUGGAAUACUGCAGCCACCAGUCACUGGCCCACGUGCUGGAGGCGCGGCAGACGCUGACAGAGCCGGAGGUGCGUUACUACCUGCGGGGCCUGGUCAGUGGCCUGAGCUACCUGCACCAGCGGCGGAUCGUGCACCGGGACCUGAAGCUCAGUAACUUCUUUCUGAACAAAAACAUGGAGGUGAAGAUCGGAGACCUGGGGCUGGCCACCAGGGUGGGACCCGGGGGCCGCUGCCACAGGGUGCUCUGCGGGACCCCAAACUUCCUGGCCCCAGAGGUUGUGUCCAGGAACGGGCAUUCCUGCCAGUCAGACAUCUGGGCUCUGGGCUGCAUCAUGUACACCGUGCUGACUGGCGUUCCUCCCUUCGUGGCGGCGCCCCUGUCAGAGAUGUACCAAAACAUCCGAGAGGGUCGCUACCCAGAGCCUGCACACCUGUCUCCCAGCGCACGUCGCCUCAUCGCGCGCCUGCUGGCGCCCGACCCGGCUGAGCGGCCCAGUCUGGACCACCUGCUGCAGGACGACUUUUUCACGCAGGGCUUCACCCCGGACCGGCUGCCCCCGCACUGCUGCCACAGCCCGCCCGUCUUCACCAUCCCCCCGCCGCUGGGCAGGCUCUUCCGGAAGGUGGGCAGGCUGCUGCUGGCCCAGUGCUGGCCACCUUGCCCCUUCACCCCCACGGAGGCCUCAGGUCCAGGAGAAGAUGGUUCCGACCCUGACUCCAUGGAGUGGGGCAGUGAGGCCUCCUUGUCAGAGAGCAGAGCUCUGUGCCCCGAGGGCCCCAUCCACCUGCUCACCCAGGGGACCCUCCGGAGUGACCCGGCGGGGCCCGAGCAGACCCCGAGGCAGGAGGUGGAGGCGGCCAUCAGAAACCUGCGGCUCUGCCUGGACUCCGGCCCCCCAGCCGUGCAGGGCCCCCCAGGAGAGCGGCGGCCCGUCCGCUGGGCCCCCGAGUGGGUGGAUUAUUCCAGCAAGUACGGCUUUGGCUACCAGCUGUCAGAUGGGGGCAGCGGCGUCCUGCUUCGGGAUGGCACCCACAUGGCUCUGCGCCCCCCGGGGGGCCAAGUCUGCUAUGCACCCCACCGGGGGAACCUGGAGACGUUUGCCCUGAGGGACGUGCCCGGCCUGCUGGGCGCCAAGCUGGCCAUCCUGCGGCUCUUUGCCCGCUACAUGCAGCAGCGGCGGCGAGAGGAGGGGGACCCGCCCCUGCCCGCCCCACCAGCUGGCCCCGGGCUCUGCCUGCUGCGCUUCGUGGCGUCUGAGGGGGCCCUUCUGCUGCUCUUCAGUGACGGGUCCGUGCAGGUCAGCUGCUGCGGCAACCAGUCUCGACUGGUGCUGAGUGGUGGGGGCGAAGCGUUGCUGCUCACAGUCUGGGAACAGGGCCAGCCAGGCACCUCCUACCCGCUGGCCAUCCUGCGGAGUCACGGCUGUGCCCCAGCUGCCCGCCAGCACCUCCAGCAUGCCGUCCAUAUGCUGCUGAGCAUCUAGCAUUCCUGAGGGUCAGAGUGGACCACUGCAUGUUGAUGUCCAAGACCCAGGUUCCAUUUCUGUUCCUGUUGCUCCCCAAGAGGGGAAGUCCUAGAGGAGAGCAUGCAGGGGGCAUGGGAGGUGGGAGUCCUUGCCUUGUAGCCUGACUGUUCAACCUAGACUUUAGUUUGGAUUUGUUUUUCCUCCAUUAAAAACAAAAACAAAAA